UACUGUAAGGAAGUGGGAAGGAGGGAUCAGUGGCGUGGUGCACUGAGAGUGUUGCGUUGGUUUGUCAGACGCCUCAACUAAUAUAAAAACGUUUUCUUUUUCAGUCCGUAACCAAAAUAUGCGGGCAAAGGGCGUAAUAGUUUUAACACUGUGGCCGAUUGAGAUGAUUAGAGUCUGAGUUCGGAAGACAUCUUUGGGAUUUCAAAAUUGCAUUCCAAGGUAACAGCAUUUGUGGGCAGGUAGGGAAGUAGCCUUCCGGAAGAACUCGCGAUACAGGUUGGCAGUUUGCAUACGGCACUCGUAAAGUAAGUUUUGAAACACGUUUUUAAUCAAAUACAGAAGGAAAAAUGACGGAUUUUAGAAAAAAGAAGCUGUAUGUCUUCGUGGACGUGCUGUGCGUGGUAGUGGCUGCACUGCCUUUCCUCAUUAUGACCGUAGUUUUCCGGCCCUACCAAAGGGGUGUGUACUGUGACGAUGAGGACAUCAAGUACCCCUUCAAACAUGACACUAUCACCCACGGCCUGCUGGCUGCAGUCACCAUCUCCUGCACCGUCGUCAUCCUAGCAUCAGGAGAGGCCUACCUGGUCUACAGUAAGAGGAUUCACUCUAACUCUGAGUUCAACGGGUACGUGGCGGCGCUCUACAAGGUGCUAGGUACCUUCCUGUUCGGAGCAGCUGUCAGCCAAUCACUGACAGACCUGGCUAAGUUCACCAUUGGACGCCUGCGGCCCAACUUCAUGGCCGUCUGCAACCCCAAGGUCUGCAAAGGCUACAUGCUGGAUAUCAACUGCACCGGCAACUCUCAUGACGUCACUGAGUCCAGGUUGUCCUUCUACUCCGGCCACUCCUCCUUCGGGAUGUACUGUAUGCUGUUUCUAGCAUUGUAUGUCCAGGCGAGGCUGAGGGCAAAGUGGGCCAGACUCCUCCGACCCACAAUCCAGUUCUUCCUGGUGGCUUUUGCAGUGUACGUGGGCUACACCCGUGUGUCCGAUUACAAGCACCACUGGAGCGACGUUCUGGUGGGCUUCCUCCAAGGCGCUCUCAUUGCCAUCCUCAACGUGCGCCACGUGUCAGACUUAUUCAAGCAGGGUCCUUCCCACUGCUCCAGCCCAGACACGGUCGAGAACGAGGAACUGGAGCGCCGCAAACCCAGCCUGCAGAUUGCAGAUGCAGAUCACAACAACCAUUACAGCUACCCAGGGCCUGUGUGAGAGGGGCCAACCCAGUCAACCACUCUCACAACAAGCUCCCACAAACCACUGGACUGACUGAGGGGGCUGCGCACAUUACCAGAAUCCUCUAUGUCCUGGGUGCACCAGCGCAUGAGUGGGAGAGGACUUUUAUAUUGAGACAUCAUGGUUGAUGUUCACUAGUUUCUUAGUAUAUUCGUCUCAGAAGUUUUUAUGUUGCUUUUUUUUAACACAAUAGAUUAGGUAAGAGUACCAAACGUUCAGAUAACAAAAAAAGACCAUUCUCAGAAGAGAAGAUUUCUAGAUGAGUCCCAUUUUAGUGCACCUUUAGUCAUAUGAGUAAUCUGAACUUCAGUGGGAGUUUGGGAUUGAUAUGUUGAUUGUUUCACCUAUGUGAAAUGGACUGCAGAGAUUUAGAAAUGUUGAUGUUGAUUGUGUUAGCUUGAUAUACCACUAGAUCACAAACAAUCAAUGCAAACAUUUGGCAUAAAGAUUUUAGAAAUUGAAAAUGAGAAAUUCUGCUUUUAGCUGUGCACAUUCUGGCAUCAAUCACUCUAUUUUUUUAAUUGAAGAAAUCAAUGUUUUAACAGUAACAUUGCUCCUUGAAGGUAUUUGGACAGUGCCUAUUCAUUUUUAUUUUAUAGAUGACUUUAUUCACAAGGUCAGAAAUGUCUAUAAUGCCAGCACUGUUAAGGUAUUGUGCAAUCACAAUCACCCCUGUUAGCCACUAUGAGCCACAAAUACUGUAUUUGCUAAUAUUAUGGCAUUUUUCUUUUUUCAAGUAUGUUAUUUUUUUCUGUGGCCCAUAUCAAACCAGUGCCUUCUUGGACUAGUGCCCUUUAAGAUUGACACAAAUGGAUCCGAUUCCAAGUUUACAACACAAACCAGAUGCCUUAACAUGAGCCUUUAAGAGUUGUAAUGAUACAGCUUACCAUUCGAGUCAUUUGUGGCAAGCUGGUAUAAUGCUCUAUGCAAAGUUCAAGGAUUUUUCCUUUCUUGUGUGGACUGCUGGGGCUAAUUUGUGAAGAAAUGCUUCUGUACAGUGACUAUGUCAGGCCUGGCCCUGCAUGGGACAGGAGGACUGAUGACAGAUCAGUCAGCUGUGGCAGAGAGAGGCUUACCUCUGGUAGUAAUUGUGAGGCUCAGAGAGCUGACUCAGAGCUGGCCUGUGACUGUUGAAUGGCAAGGUACUCAGAGGGGCCUCCUGCUAAGAUGCAGGUCCUACGGACUUCAAGAGAUUUAAAGACUUUUCUUUGAAUUCCAUAAAUGAUAAGCACCUGGAGCAGCUUCAGUGAAGUGUUGUUGUUGCGUAACGCCUCACCUGUGUAUUACUGAAUCGCCCAGCCCAAAUUUACCCAUGAAGCAAUAGUACCACAAUGUUAUGGGGUUUGAGUUUCCUCCAGGUUUUCAUCAUAAAAGGCCUUGUUCUGGGUGGUGUGUGUUUCAUAUGUAAUAAUACUAUUCCUGGCCUGCUGGGUGGUGCAUUGGUCUAGGGCAGCGCUAGCUGUGCACGCAACCCAAGGUCGCCAGGUGCACGAUGCGGCUGGCUUCCGGGUUGGAUGCGCGCUGUGUUAAGAAGCAGUGCGGCUUGGUUGGGUUGUUGUUGUGUUUCGGGGGACGCAUGGCUUUCGACCUUAAUCUCUCCCGAGCCCGUACGGGAGUUGUAGCGAUGAGACAAGAUAGUAAUUACUAACAAUUGGAUACCAUGAAAUUGGGGAGAAAAGGGGGUAAAACAAUUAUUUUAAAGAAGAAUAAUACUAUUCCCAUUAGCGGAUUGGUCCUGGUUGGCCAUUAUACAUGUACAGUUGAAGUUGGAAGUUUACAUACACCUUAGCCAAAUACAUUUAAACUCAGUUUUUAAAAAAUCAUGACAUUUAAUCCUAGUAAAAAUUCACUGUCUUAGGUCAGUUAGGAUCACCACUUUAUUUUAAGAAUGUGAAAUAUCAGAAUAAUAGUAGAGAAUUAUUUAUUUCAGCUUUUAUUUAUUUCAUCACAUUCCCAGUGGGUCAGAAGUUUACAUACACCCAAUUAGUAUUUGGUAGCAUUGUCUUUAAAUUGUUUAACUUGGGUCAAACUUUUCGGGUAGCCUUCCACAAGCUUCCCACAAUAAGUUGGGUGAAUUUUGUCCCAUUCCUCCUGACAGAGCUGGUGUAACUGAGUCAGGUUUGUAGGCCCCUUGCUCGCACACGUCUUUUCAGUUCUGCCCACAAGUUUUCUACAGGAUUGAGGUCAGGGCUUUAUGAUGACCACUCCAAUACCUAGACUUUGUUGUCCUUAAGCCAUUUUCCCACAACUUUGGAAAUCUACUUGGGGUCAUUGUCCAUUUGGAAGACCGAUUUGCGACCAAGCUUUAACUUCCUGACUGAUGUCUUGAGAUGUUGCUUCAAUAUAUCCACAUAAUUUUUCUUCCUAUCUCAUGAUGGCAUCUAUUUUGUGAAGUGCACCAGUCCCUCCUGCCACCCCCGUGCUUCACGGUUGGGAUGGUGUUCUUUGGCAUGCAAGCCUCCCCAUUUUCCUUCAAACAUAACGAUGGUCAUUAUGGCCAAACAGUUCUAUUUUUGUUUCAUCAGACCAGAGGACAUUUCUCCAAAAAGUACGAUCUUUGUCCCCAUGUGCAGUUGCAAACUGUAGACUGGCUUUUUUUAUGGCGGUUUUGAAGCAGUGGCUUCUUCCUUGCUGAAUGACCUUUCAAGUUAUGUGGAUAUAGGACUUGUUUUACUGUGGAUAUAGAUACUUUUGUACCUGUUUCCUCCAGCAUCUUCACAAGGUCCUUUGCUGUUGUUCUGUGAUUGAUUUGCACUUUUCGCACCAAGGUAUGUUCGUCUCUAGGAGACAGAACCCGUCUCCGACCUGAGGGGUAUGACUGCUGUGUGGUCCCAUGGUGUUUAUACUUGCGUACUAUUGUUUGUACAGAUGAACGUGGUACCUUCAGGCAUUUGGAAAUUGAUCCCAAGGAUGAACCAGACUUGUGGAAGUUUACAAUGUCUUGGCUGAUUUCUUUUGAUUUUCCCAUGAUGUCAAGCAAAGAGGCACUGAGGGUGAAGGUAGGCCUUGAAAUAUAUCCACAGGUACACAUCCAAUUGACUCAAAUGAUGUCAAUUGGCCUAUCAGAAGCUUCUAAAUCCAUGAUUUUCUGGAAUUUUCCAAGCUGUUUAAAGUCACAGUCAACUUAGUGUAUGAACUUCUGACCCACAGGAAUUGUGAUACAGUGAAUUAUAAGUGAAAUAAUCUGUCUGUAAACAAUUGUUAGAAAAAUUACUUGUUUCAUGCAUAAAGUAGAUGUCCUAACCAACUUGCCAAAACUAUAGUUUGUUAACAAGAAAUGUGUGGAGUGGUUGAAAAACAAGUUUUAAUUACCCCAACCUAAGUGUAUGUAAACUUCUGACUUCAACUGUAUGUCAAACAUUAUGCUGUUCUGUUCACUGUACAUGUAUCUAUCCAUAGCUGUUUAUGUAUGCACAAAAUGAAUCUAAAUAAAUACCAAAUACACCAUG